AUGAACCAGCACCAAACAGACUAGUGGCUCUUAGCCCACGCCCUGCGACAUGGGCCGAGAUGACUCGAUCCUACUCAUCGGACCACGGAACUUGGACUAUAAAAAUUGCAGAGCUCAGAUUCCACCAUGACUCACACAUAUGAAUACUGCACAGAAACAUAUCCCAUCUUCCCUCUCCCUUCCAUUCUCUCUAAACACGAAAUUGCAGACCAAUUGAACCUGCAACAAUGGCCCCUCCACCGCGACCAACACCCCCAUACACCAUCCAAACCUACACAUCCUCCCAACUCAGCCAGCACCCAGCCCUAGUGGCCGAGCUGACCGACCUCAUCAACGAGAGUUUCGGAGUCUAUGCGAGUCACCCGCUUGGCCGAACGGGCCUUCGAAUGGAACGCCCGGGGCAAUUAAUCGAGGAGCUCGGCCCGUCCGGUCUGACAGCCAUAUACUUUCACCAUGCCGUCGAUGCAGAAGAACAUCCCACCAAAGCCGCCCAGUUACCGGGCCAGGUCAUCGGAACGGCGAGCAUCAAGGCCUGGGCGGGUGAUGCAAUCUGGAACCCCGUUCGAACGCUUCCUGGUGCGGGUUUGGAACCCAAAGACGACAAGUUAGUAUCCGUCGACGGAGACUUCGAACUGGGAAUUGUCGCUGUCAAGCCCAUCGCCGAGUUCAGAGGGAAAGGAAUCGCAGAUAAACUGGUGGAGGCGUGUGAGCAGGCGAUUCUUCCGAAAUGGGCUCUUAGAGAGGACAUCCGGCCAUCCUUGCCCGCGCAGGCGCAGGCGCAGGCAGGAUCAUCUACUCCUCGCAACGUGGCCAAAAUCUCACCCCCAAGCCCCGUCAAGAUCAUGGUCAAGGUAGUCAAAGAGAUCACGGCCUUGUAUUGGGAGAGGAAGGGGUUCGUUACCGUGGGCGAACGGCUGUAUCCGCCGGGAACGUCGAGCUGGGGUGUCGAGAAGGAAUUUACGAUGAGUGCGAUGGUGAGGGAGUUGCCUGUUGCUGUUUAGCGUUUAGUGUUUAGUGUUUAUACUCCGUGAGUUCGAAGGGCAGGUCUGGAUGACGCACGAGCCAACACCUUAUAUUGUGGGUCUAUUGUGCAGACAAUCGAUUGUUGGACCUAUUCAUUGUAAAUAUUUACAGUAUAAAGAAAGAGAGAUAGGCGAAAGACAAUAACCCAAAUGGUAUAGAACGCCAAACACACCAGACUAACCUAAUCUUAAACAUCCUGUCCUGAAUCGGAUCAGGCCGCAGUUGCUAUACAAAUCA